AUAGUCCAGCACCAUAUCGUCUUAUAACACUAUGUCCUCCAAAAGCAUUAGUAUCACUUGGUAUGCUUCAUGUGUAUUAAAUGAUAUCUCUUAUGCUAGCUUUCAUUUUUCUUUUUGUUUUGUUUUGCUUUUAGCAUGAAUUCUUUCGUUCAUUGUUCUGCAAACAUGAAAUAAAAAGAUUUUAGAUCCAUAGAGAAAAAUAAUAAUUCUAUAGGAAGAUAAAGAAUAAUCAAAAGUUGUUUGUAUUUGAAAAAUUUGUUUUUAUUGAUAAUAAUGUGCAAAACCAUCACGAGUUAUUUUUUUUUCUAUUAAAAAAUCCAAAUAAAAUUAAAUAAAACAUAUAAAUUGAAAAGACAAAAUCUUGAGAAUCUUUGUGUUAAUUAGAAGUGUUUAUUAAGUCAUUCAGUAAUUAGUUUUUUGUUAUCAAAAUAAUAUAAGACUGAAGUUUACUUCCUAAAUGUUUAAUACUUAAGGGAUCAAUAUUUGAUGAAAAUGAUGAAUUAUUUAGAGGGUAAUAAUGAAUUCAGUAAUCUAUUAAUACAAAAGAAAAAAUAAAUCGUGGUUUUUUGCUGACAAAUAAAAAUUAAAAACACAAACAAGUAUUCAAAUGAAAGAUGUCAUAUGGCAAAAUUAGAAUAAAUUUCAACAUAGAAUAAUAAAGAAAAAUAUUUUUUUUUGUUUUGCGUAUAAAAGUCUUUUAAAUAAAAUCCAUUAUAUUUAACGAAUCUGAAAUUGAUGCACCACUUUUUCCAAAUCCUGCUCAACACUUUUUUGGUCAGAUUGAAUCUUAACAUGUUUACUAAGCAGUUGCGGAUUGGAAAAAUUUUUUAAUUCAUAUCAGAAAUUUUACAAAAAAAAGGAAAACAAAAUACGAUUCCAUUAAAUUAUUAAGUAUUAAAGAGAUUAAUUUCUAAACUUUUGGUUCAAAAUAUUCUCUUGAGUAGGUUAAAGGUAGUAUAUAUGAUUUUUUGUAGCUGAUGAAUUUUGCUUUACAAGCUAUGCUCUUUAUUUUCAUAUAUUGUUGGAGUAAAUUUGUUUUUUAAACUUAUAUUUCAUCUUUAAAAGGUCAAUGUGUUCAUUGGUUGGCUGAUGGUACAUUUCGAAGUGCACCACAGAAAUUUCUUCAAUCAUAUUCAAUUCAUGGUCGUACAGAUUGGGGUAUUCAUUCAUUUGUUCAUGUUGCAAUGUGUGAUAAAAAACAAGAACAAUAUGAACUACUUUUUCGAGGUUUAAUUGAUUUUGCUAAUCAAAAUGGUAUUAAAUUACAAUCUAUAAGUAUCAUGUUGGAUUUCGAACAAGCUGCAUCAAAUGCAUUUCUCUCGGUGUUCAAACAAAGUUCAGUUCUAGUUGUCAUUUUCAUUAUUGUCGAUCAGUAUGGUGUAAAAUUCAAAAACUUGGUAUAAGAUUUAUUUUAAUUUUAAAAAUUCCCUUUAUUUGAGUUUUAACAUCCCUUAUAUAUUCCCUUGUCCUUAGGUCUAGUUAAAUCUUUUCAAGAAAAAAAACCAAACGAGAAUUAGCAAAUUUAUUUGGACUUCCACUAUUACCUUUAACAUCUGUUUACAAUGCUUUUGAAAAUAUUGCUUCAACAUUACUUCGAUGUAUAAACGG